AUGGCUCGUGCCAUUCUUUCCGUCUGCAUCGCGCUUUUCCUCGCUGCAAUUCUGGCGCUCUCUUUCGCCCAAGCAACGAGCGCGGCGGAACGCGGCAUCGUGACAGAAGAAAACGCGGCGAGUGCCGUCCAGCCUGACGAAGUGCCGCGUCACCGCAAGCUCCCUUCGGAUGGCUCCUCAUGCCAAGCCGCGAUCGCACGGAGAAUGCAAAUCUGCAACUCAUACUUCAACGCGGGUGACGUGGACAAUUAUAGGCGUUGCGUGGACGCCAACAACGCGUGGGGUCCCGGUUGCUCUGGCCAGUCGCCAGGGGUACAUCACAAACAUGGUGGAUUGGCCAUGGCAGCACUGUGGUUGUCAGCACAACACAGCACAGCACAGCCAUGA